ACUUGAAUCCAACUUUAUUGACACCGGAAGUGGGGGCGGUAACAUGCUGCACGUGUGUACGCAAGUGCCUGAAGGUUAAGGAGAAGCACUGGCGAGAAAUUCUUCAUCACUUGUCAGCUUCAAAAGUCACCGAGACGUGGAGUUUGUUGUAAGAAAGGUUGCUAUCACCGCCGCAAAGCCAUGGAUCCCAUGAAAGCACAGCAGCUUGCGGCCGAGCUGGAGGUGGAAAUGAUGGCUGACAUGUACAACCGUGUUCAAGUGGUGCCAGCAACUUGAGGGUUCCAGGUUGAAAUCCCACUUCCGCCAUCCUAGUCACUGCCAGUGUCCAUGAACAAGAUAGUUUACCUGCUCCAAGUACUACCCACACUGGUUCAAAUCAUGACCAACGCCUGCCACAGGAAGUGUGUGCCGCCGCAUUACAAAGAGGCGGAGCUGACAAAGGGCGAGAGCGUGUGCCUGGACCGCUGUGUGGCCAAAUACCUGGACCUCCACGAGAGGCUGGGCCGCAAACUGACAGAGCUCUCUGUUCAAGAUGAGGAGAUGAUGAGGAAAGCGGCAGUGGGCAGCGGAUAAAGAAAGACAAGUUAAAGACUGGAUGAAAUAACGGCAUCGGGAAAAUUAAGUUGUGUGGUUGGUUUCUUUUAAACAUUGGAAGUGAAGGCGAUGCUGGAAAAAACUGUUGGCUACACUUGGCGUCCAAAUGAACAACGCUUUAAACCCCAUCAUAAAAUGACCAACAUGUCUGGAUAUGGACUCAUAUUCCAGGGUGUGUUCUUCUUUGUUUCAGAGUGCUUCACAUGUCAAGCUGGUAUUAGAAAGAAACAUAUUGUGGAUUUGCGCAGUAACACCUCGGUUUAUGUAUGCCCCACUUUUCGUACUUUUUAAGCAGAAACUGUUUAGUUGUCAUUGUGUCCAAACUAAGAAUCCACAUGGUGACACAGUUUUUUUUCUUAAUGAGCACGACUGCCAAAUAAUCCAUAAUGGGGCCAAAGAAAGUUGCGAGUGCCAGCACUCUGUUAAAAAGGUGAGAAAUACCGUUCGGAAACACUUGGAGCAAAGAACGAAGUCCUUGUGUCUCACCACUCAUCGGCAACAAGCGUUUUCAAUAAGGGUAAAAUUGUUCUCAAAUGUAUACAUUUUCUCAUCAUUUAUAUGUAUUUAACACUGUUCUCUACAUAUAAAACCUAUAUGUGUUUUGUGUUCAUUUGAUAUCUGGAACAGAUGAGUUGGAUUUAAUAUUUCUUAUUGCCUUAUGUUUUUGUCUGACUUUUGGGGGAUUUUUAUUGAUUAAAACCGAAGUAUUAAUGUAUUUUACAAACCUUACAAUUGUUACGUCAUGCAAUGAUAUGUUCAUUCAUGAUUGAAAAUUGAUGGAUUGAUGUAUGAUUUGACAAGCAAGCUACACAUGAAACCAGGCUGCAGCGCUUCCUUGUUGACUUGAAUAAAAUUUUUCGUUAUUUUAACAGUA